AUGGCUAAUCGUAGUCUCUCCAGGGUUAUUACUCCGUUCAAGAAUGCCGCUCGAAAUGAUGACCUUGUUCUUAAACACUGGCAAAGGAAACCGCUAGCCAAAAACCCACCACCAAACGCUGAAACUGGACAAGGAGGCACCACAGAUAAAGCAGGAGAAGGCGCUUCUUCUGUAGAAACUGAAGAAACAUCUGCCUUCGCCAAGUAUAAUAUCAAGGCUCAACAUCCCCGGAGAUAUACGACAGAGGAAUAUGACAAACUUUUGAAGAGCGAUAUUUGGAGUCGCGAGGAAACAGAUUAUCUUAUGGACCUCGUCGAAGAGUUUGACCUCAGAUGGAUAGUAAUCGCAGACCGAUAUGACUACUCCCCGAAUACCGACACGGCAGCAGAUGGAAGCUCCUCAACGGCCCUCGUUGCGCCAACUAAACGUCGAACAAUGGAAGAGAUGAAGUCGCGGUAUUAUAACGUUGCUGCUCACAUGCUGGCAAUUGAACACCCCCUUUCCGAAAUGUCAGAAGCGGAGUUUGACAUACACGAAAAGAUGAUGAAAUUCAACCCCGAACGAGAGAGGACGAGAAAAGAGCUGGCCAACACUCAGUUAAAUAGGUCGAAGGAAGAGGUCACCGAAGAAGCUCUAUUGCUGGAGGAAUUAAAGAGGAUUGUCGCGAACGAGAACCAGUUUAUAGACGAGCGGAAGGAGCUCUAUGCUCGGCUGGAGGCUCCAGUCAGCAACGGCAAUACCGCCAUGUACCAAACCAGCCAAGGCUUGUCACAACUAUUACAGUCUCUUUUACAAGCAGAUAGGAACAAAAAGCGACGCCCACUUCUCGGCCCGGAUACCGGUGUGUCAAGCCCGGUAGGAAACGCUCCUUCAGGCGGACAGUCAGCUAGAGAAAGCAGACCGGAAACCCCUGCUCCAACGCCGGCUGCUCCGACAAACAAGAAGGGAGCCGCGGCCAACGCGGCGGCCCAACCUACAAUCCGGACUCUCACACCGGCUGAAGAAGUGAAGUACGGUGUAUCACACCACGACCGCUUAACUUCCGGUGUACAAUUUCGAAACGACAAAGCCCAGAAACUCACGCAGGCCAAGUCUAAUAUCCAAUCUCAGAAACUUGCUGCUGCGCUGACGGAGCUAGAUAUACCCCCUCGCCUCUUUAUGCCAACAGAGAAGGUAUGCAAGGAGUUUGAGAAACUAAUCCACCAAGUAAACUUGUUACUUGACACGCGCAAGUUCGCUGAGAAAGUGGAGGGAGAAAUCCGAGUUCUGGAGGCCAGUAAGGCGGAAAGAGAGAGGAAGGAGAACGAGAAAGCUGGUGCCUCUACUGAGGGCAACGAAGGUGUCGAGGGUGCCACGGCUACGGCGAAUACUUCGGAUCCGGAUGGGAUUUCAGGCACCAAAGAAGAAACCGAAGCUGAAGCUAAAAGUGCAUCUCCUGGGCCCGGGAAAGCUGCCUCUGUUAAGGCGGAUGCAGCAGUUGGCUCACCUGCUAAGGGGCCUGGAGGUACACACAAACGAAGUGCUAGUGUUCUCAGCGUGGUUAGUGAUAAAAGUACUAAGAAGCAAAAGCGAUGA